UCCACCGAAGCUAUCUGUCUCUCCCUCUCCGUGUUUUUUCAGUUCCUCCAUAGUCUGAGACCGUGGAAGAUGAAGCAGAGAACUUGGCCAGGCCGAUCGGACGGCUCUCGUUUCUCAUCCCUUCCGUUAUCGAAAGCCAACGGUUCAAAACAGCACCUUAAAGCCCCCACCGGAAAAGCAUCGCCUCCGAUCCGCCAGAUCCGGUACUGCUCGGACGGCCACGAUUUAUCGGCCCUCCCGUACGACGUGGUGGCGAAGAUCGCAGGGUCGUUCAGUCUCCGUAACCUCCGUGCGGCGUCGCUGGUGUGCAAGUCGUGGUGCGAGGCGCUCCGGCCGCUUAGGGAGGCCAUGCUGUUCCUGCGGUGGGGCAAGCGGUUCAAGCACGGCCACGGCGGGGUGCGCCCUAACUUGGACAAGGCUCUCGACUCGUUCCUCAAAGGCGCGGCUCGUGGCUCCACCCUGGCCAUGGUAGAUGCCGGUCUCAUCUACUGGGAAUUGGGUCACAAGGACAAGGCCAUCGCUUUGUAUCACAGAGCCGCCUCGCUUGGCGAUCCAGCUGGACAGUGCAAUUUAGCUAUUUCUUAUUUGCAAGGUGAACCCUCGAAUCCGAAGGAAGCUGUGAAAUGGUUGUAUAAGGCUUCCAUGGCUGGCCAUUUCCGUGCUCAGUACCAACUCGCGCUUUGUCUGCAUCAAGGUCGCGUCGUAGAUUGCAAUAUACAAGAAGCCUAUAUUCGAGAGCUUCUUUGUGAUCAGUUUGCUUUUCUGGAACAGGCUAGAUGGUAUCUAAAAGCUGCGGAAAGUGGGUAUUUGCGAGCCAUGUACAAUGUCUCACUAUGCUACUCAUUUGGGGAAGGUUUAGUGCACAGUCAUCGACAGGCGAGAAAAUGGAUGAAGCGUGCGGCUGAUCGCGGUCACAGUAAAGCUCAAUUUGAGCAUGGACUUGCUCUCUUUUCUGAAGGGGAGAUGAUGAAAGCUGUUGUGUACCUGGAACUUGCUACCCGUGCCGGUGAAAGAGCAGCAGCGCAUGUGAAGAAUGUAAUUCUCCAACAACUGUCAUCAACUUCACGCGAUCGAGUGAUGCAUCUUGCUGACAAUUGGCGUGCUUUGCCUUCAUCUUGCUAAGCUAGAUCAUAAAUGUAGCUUCCCUGAGGAAUCUGUUAGCUGUUAUGUAUCUUCUAAACACUGUCAAACUGUGCUGCUCAAUAUGAAGUGGUUUUUAGACAGCAAUCUGACAGAUUGAGGACCUGUUGAUUGUAAUUAGGAAUCGUUUGCAGCAAAAUAGGGCUUGAGCAAAUGACCAGUGGAUCACCCUGAAGGGUACGAUGAUGGAGAUUCAGCAGGUCAUAAAUGAUUCCCUUAAUGUGUUUUCUAUAGAUUCUCGAGUCUACAGCCGACUGCAGUGCUGUCAAGAUUCAAGUGUCGUAUAUAAUUCAGAAACUAAUUGAGCAAUUACUUGCCAUAUUGUCUCUAUUUCUUGAUUUUUUUAUUCUCUUUCGUUUAUGACCAGUGGGUUAUAAAUUAGCAUUUUUUUUUUUCACAUUGCCAUAUUGUCUCUAUAGUUGUGCCUGGUGGACAACUCUUUCAUCAGUGGGAAAAUAUACUCCCUGUAUGGCAACAUAUAUAUGUAUUUUUGAGAACAUCGUUGUCCUUAAUGCCAUGAAUUGCCUAGCUUAGGUGAUUGAAUAAUAUAACGAGAUUUGGGCGGGGAUGAUACUCAAGAAGUACUUCAAAUUUCUUCA